AUGGCCCUCACCAAAAGCAAGGGCUUCCCGAUUCUCUCGUACCAGCCUCUACGCUUGUUCUAUCAGCUCUCCGGCGCUCUGUUCAUCCUCUUCCGUCUUCCCGUCUGGUGCGCCCAGGCUCUGAUUCCGGCAUGCCGCCCUCACCCAAAAUGGGGCUUCAAGCAGACGCUCAUGGCACGCCUAACACGGAACAUUGUUGAUCUGUAUUCGAACGUGGGAAUCACCGAGACGCACACCCUCACCCCGGGCAAGGAAGGCGACCGCUUCCAGAUCGCGGAGCCGUUCUCGUCGGAGCACUACCGCGGCAUUUUAGUCUCAAACCCCAAUGUAAAGCCUACAACGGUUGGUGGAACAUGGUUCUCCGAGAAGCCUGAUGUCGAGAAAGGCUUUGACGGCGUCGUGGUCCUGCAGAUCCAUGGCGGCGCUUUCGUGCUGGGCGACGGCCGCACAGGCUACUGCGGCUUCAUGGCCAAGACACUGAUCGACAAGGCCGGGGUUGGUGCCGUCUUUGCGCCGCAGUACCGUCUGUCUGGCUACGGCAGCGCCGGUGCUGCCGCUAAUCCUUUCCCCGCCGCCCUACAAGACGUUGUCACCAGUUAUUUGUAUCUGACCCAGACUCUCGGAAUCCCCUCCCGACGUAUUGUGCUCUGCGGCGACAGUGCCGGCGGCAACUUGGUGAUUGCGCUGCUGCGCUACCUCGACACCUUCGGGCUGGACCUCGGGAUCACUGCCCCGAGUUGCGCCGUGCUGAUCGCUCCGUGGGUCAACCCCCUCGCCAGCUUGGGGCCGGACUCUGUGUACAAGCAGCACGAGCAUUGGAGCACCGACUACCUGCCCGUGUCCUUCCUUCGCUGGGGUGCAAAAGUGUACUCGUCUAGUGUAGCUGACGAGAACUUGUUGUAUGUGACCCCUCUUAACAACCCUUGGAAAAUUGAGGUUCCUGUUUUCGUUACCAUGGGCGAGGCAGAGAUUCUGGAGACGGACGGCACUGCAUGGUGCCACCAGAUGCAGGAGGCUGGAGGCAAUGUUGAGGUGUAUUACGAGGAGCAUGCCGUUCACGAUACAUUGUUGAUGGGCUCCAUCAUCGGCUGGGAGGAGAGUGCGCAGGUUGUGGCGACGACAAUUGGUGAAUUCUUAACAAAGGUACAGAAGGAGACGGAUAUAAAGGCGGGUGACUCGGAGUAA